AUGCAGGGGCUAAUGAGCGCGUAUGAAAGCCUGUUCACUGAACCGUGCACGCGCUGCAGCCGUACACUGUCGACCGAAGGACACAUGCCGCCGACGGGGCGGGUGUGGACCGAGGGCGAGGGCGGGGAGGCGGGACGAUGGGUGGCGCGACAUGUGACGUGCCGGGCGCUGUGA